CGCUUCGACUGUAAAACAUGGCGGUCUGAUGGCAGUGUACUGUAUGUUUUUCUCAUCAUUGUCAGCGACAACAACACAGCACGUGUUUGAAGCUUUUCUUGAUAGAUAAAAUAUAACGAUUCGUUUUUAUUAUGCGAAAUUUGGCUCUACGAGUCUAGAGGUCAUCUACUGCCGUGUUCAGGCCAGCUGUGUUCGGGGUUCGAUCCCGUGUGGCUGGAGUCUUGUGGUUCGUGUUAGGAACGAUCUACUCCAGGCUUCACCACCGGGGAGGAAGUCUCAAGUCGGUGCAGGGUCGUAAGAGUUCACUUGCAUCAUACAUGACAAAGCAUAUUACAAGACAAGCUUAACAACAAUAACUCAAAGCAUAUGGAUUCCACUGGCUGUGGAGAAGGACAAGAGGAGCCGUCUGAACAACCUCUGUAUUCAUCAAUCAGCUCUAAAGGCCGACAACGGAAGAAAAAUCUCAAGUAUUUAGAUUAUGAAACGGACGAUACAGCUAUUUGUGAAAGUAUACUGCAGAAAUCACCGAAAAACAAGUCCGAAAAGGAAGACGCAGUUCCUCAAAAGAGCUCAAGAAGAGGACGAAAACCCAAGGCUGCCGUAAAGCAGACGGGAGACGGGGAUAAAGAAUCAAAAGACAAAAUACUGGUACCUCCAGAUUCUGUUAGUAAAACUGUAGAAGUACCGGUAACGCCGAAAAAAAGAGGGCGGAAGAAAAAAGUACCUGUCGUCCCUGAUGGAGAACUUCCAGUUGAAGAAUGUGGAGGUGGUGGGGCUGAAAAUUCUGUCAACCAAGAAAACGGGACUCCAAAACCACAAUGUGAGAAGGAACCAGAGGAGGAGGCUGAAUCAGGCCGCCAUCGCAGGAGAGGGGCUGCUAAACUCGCGCUGAAGUACCUUCAACUUUUGGCAAAGGACUUGCUCUCUCAUCCCAGUGAAGAGGCGGCCUCCAAGCCACACGCCAACAACGAAGACGUCUCGGAACAUAAUGGUCCCCAAAAAAGAAGAGGCCGAAAAAGAAAACGUCUCGACAGUGACUCUGGAGAGGAUGAAGACUUUGUGCCAAAUGAUGAUGAAGAGGCUGAUGAGAUGGAAGAUGAGUUUGAAGAAAACGAGGACUCCGAUUCCGACUCUGACUUUGAGGCGCACAUGAGACGUCCAGCAGUUGUUCACGUCAACAGACAUACAUCCUCCGAUACAAAACCCAUAAAUGGAGUAGAUUUUAAUAUUAUCCAAACGAUUUGGGACUCGUCCGAAACAACAAAAAAGUUCCGAGAAGAGAAUUACACCAGCUGGGUGUUCCCAGAAUGGGUUCCUUCCACCAAAGAAUGGGACCCGGUGCCAGAAAGUGAUUUGGAGAAAUACCUGCCUCAGGAAACUCAGUCAGCUGCAUUCAAAGUGUCCAGAGAAGCUCUGUCGAAGGAGGAAACACCUGAGCUCAGACUCAGCAGGUUUAAGUCUGUUCCAGCGCACAACGAUCGCUGGGACAUGUUUCUGUUUACUGGUGGACCCCUCUGGGCCGCAGAGUGGUGUCCGACCCCCGACGGUGCUCCAGCCACCCAGUACGUUGCUCUGGCGUGUCAUCAAGGGAUGGACGACUCGCACUUAGUGAACCAAACUUAUGAAGAGCCUGGACUCGUUCAGCUGUGGGACUGUGGGAAACUGGAGUACGACAAAAGACCAGACUCCCAGCCAGUCCUGGUUUAUGGUUUGGCCCAGGACAAAGGCUUCAUCUGGCAGAUGAAGUGGUGUCCGGCAGGAGGCUGGGAGUCUCCUAGCUGUGGCAGGAAGACUCCCUUCUUGCCCAGGCUGGGUCUUCUGGCUGUAGCUGCCUCCAGUGGUGUGGUCACCAUUUACAGUCUGCCUCACCCUGAAGCUCUGCUCUCCAACAAGAAGCCCCUCAACUCUGAAAAAGACCCUGAAAAACUACCAAUAUACAAGGUUCGAGGUGUGGUAACUCUCAAGCUGGGCUCCAUUAAAGCUCCUCGUGAAGGAAGGAGCGGGCAGGUCCUGACUAUGGAUUGGCUGCCUCAAAAACCACACAACAUAAUGGCUAUUGGAUUCUACGAUGGUGUCGUCGGUUUGUGGGAUCUGUCGACAAAGUCAGCGCUGCUGCGCGUUCGAGAGUCGGACAGGUCUUUGACUCUGCUGCCCUACCGAUGCAUACUUGCUCACAACCACUCAGUCCGAGCUCUGGCUUUCUGCCCGGCUUCCAGGCACCUGCUGACGACGGCAGGUGACGACCGCUACGUGAAGAUGUGGGACCUGAGGAGACUCUUUGAGCCCGUUAGAGUCCAGAAACGCUAUCUGACCAAUGAAAUCUGCUGGCCGUUGCAUGCAUCUGGGAUCAUGAUGGCCAAAGAGACAGCCUUUGUACCUACCACGUCACUGGGAGUUCAUUUCUUAGACCACAACAUGAACGCGUUCUUCGCAGUUCCUCGGAGCACGCCCGUGUGGUCCAUUUCUUACUCUGAGUGGUUGAACUGCGCGUUGACGGCGGACUUGCUCGGUGAGGUCAUUCUGGUCAUGCUACCUCCGCUCAACUCCUCCAUUCACAACGUCAAACGAAUAUCACUGAGACGUUUUCCUGCCUACGUCACGUCUAAGGUACGAGGAGAGACAGAAAAAGCAGAUGCUGCGACUGAAGGAGGAAACGAGGAGGAGGCAGGAAGUGUUGAAAAUGAAACGAGUCCUCAGGGACAGUUUCAGACCUACAAAGAGGCUGUAGAGAAAUACUACCUGCAAUAUUCAGACUUCAACAUGCGGACGCUUGUUGGACUGGGGAAGAGGACUUUGUGGAAACAGAUGCAGCGGACAGAAACAACAGAAAUCCCAAAUAUGGAAGAAAAGUCUUUGACUGCGUUACAUAAGGUUCGUUUCAACCCGAACAUGAGCAGCCACGUGUGGCUUGUAUCCGGGGGUCAGUCAGGCCUGGUGAGACUUCACUGUUUACGGACUAUGAUCACCCCCCAUGUGAAAAAGAUGAUCAGUGUUCACCAGGUCCAGUUCAGCGCGCUCUACUCACCACAAGACCAGACGGCUGUCCAGACGGCAGAGGAGCAGCUAUAGCAGGAGCUCUACCUCACUGUCAGAAGGUGGACUAAAAAAAAACACAGAUCUGAAAAAAAAACUUCAGAUGUUCUUGCAAAUAUUAACGAUAGGGUCAGUUUGAUUAAAGUAUUUUGUUAUCAAGUCACAUCCAUACUUGUGUUAGAUGGUGUGAGGAAUCUGGGCAGAGAAAACCCCGAAACAGUGAGAAGUUUAAUCCUGUUUCUCACGUCUGAAGCCAUCAGUGUCAGAGAAGAUAACGUGAAUUUUAAAACAACAUUGUGCAGAUUGAGCAGCAGAAAACAUGUUUUAUAAACGCACGGAA